CUUACUGUCACGAUUCUCUUAUUGUAAUGGUUUUUGGGAAUGAAAUUGCUUUUUCGCUUGGAAUCGUUCCAAUUAAGCGAAACAAACUGUUUACCUUUUUAGAUUAGGCUUACUCACCGGUGCAUCGUUAUGUGUCCGCGGUUCUUUGUGUUGUGCGUAUUUUUGUACUGAACAGGAAUAGUCUGUACAAAUAGUGUUAACAUUGGGUGUUUUCGUGUUUUUAAUGAGAAAAUGAGUUCAGUGAUUAUUGAUUGUGGUACAAAAGGAGAAUUUGAUGAUAGCGGCUGUGUGCAAGACGAUUUCACGACCAAUGGCUACCAACAAGUCGGUAUCUUGGACCUCUCCGACGACGUGCUCCUCUACAUCCUGCGACACUGCACUCCGAGGGACUUGAAGGCGCUGAGCUUCUCCUGUACAAGGUUUGGACGCCUUGUUCGUGAGCGGUCGCUGUGGAGAUACGUCGAUGCUAGGUCGGAGUUGUGCAGUCAAGCAAGACUAAAAUGGCUGCUAGAAAACACUCUUCAUAAGGAUACCCAACUGCUGAUGGUGUCUGGCUAUGCCAAGGAGACUGAGGGAUGUCUCGGCCUUAUAAACGUGACUCGCAACGAAGCGGCAGAAGAGAAGAGGCAGUACAACAAGAGGAACGAAGCAAAAAGCAGUAAAGAGACAAAUAUGUGUGGUGAUUAUUCUGUACUUGUUCAAGAAGAUUUUAUCUUAAAUAAUGGAAUUAUAGACAAUUCAUUUAUAGUUUUCAGAUCGGUAGAGUAUCGGUAUAAAAUAAUCAUAAUUUAUUGUUUUACAAAUAGUACAAUUAGAAGAAGAAGUAUCAAAUAUCAAAUAGUAACAAAUAGUAGAACAAAAAGUAGCAAAUUGUUGAGUGCCCCCUUUAUCUUGAUAUUUUUUUCAGAACAAAUACACGAAAUACCAAUACCUGUCCACCUCGAGAGGCAUCACGCUAGAUUCUUCAUCAGCGCCCAGCGGACACCACAUUUACCGAGAUUUCGGGGCUUCCCCUCUUGGGCGGAUGAUACAGAUAUGGGUCGACAUGGGCCGGAUACAUGCAGCGGACCCCAGUUUUCCCUGUCUCAACAGCUAUUAAGUCAGUUGUGUACAAACUGCCCGCAGCUGUCGACCCUCGUACUGGAGUACUGCAAUAUUGAUUGUAAUCGGACCCAUCUCGGACAUUUUCCCAAGACGCUGAAGAAACUCUCGCUGCGGGGAACCAAGUGCUAUAAUAUGGCCAUAGAUAAAUCAUUCUUAUUCAAGAUUCAAGACUUCCUUCCUAUACUUGAGAGUCUUGACGUGUCAGAAUGCGAAUGGAUGGACCCCGCCACUCUACUGCCUCUCAGUAAGCUGGCAACACUCGAAGAGUUGAUAAUGAGGGAUUGCCAUAAAUUAGCCGAGUUUGUGGCAUACGCAUCUCUCACUGCGAGAUAUGGCUUUAGGACUUUGAAGUCCUUAGAUUUACGGGGUUCUCCAGUCGGUGAUUCGGAGGUAUCGGCGUUGGGCUGGCUGCCUCGUCUCGAAAAAUUAUGGUUGGCUGCCUCUAGCUCCAAUACCCCACGUCCCAUAAGACACCAUGCGCACUAUAUUGAUGACAAGCAUGCCCCCCAUAAGGAGUUACAUCAAUGGGAAAUGCAGGAACCAGAUUACUUCAAAUUUAAAACAAAUGCAGAUACCAAUAUUGAUGAUUCGGACAGAAACGAUCCUGAUGCAGUGAAGAAUAUUUUCGAAAAUUAUGACCAGAAUCGAAGAUCGAACUCAAAUAUAAAUCUUCCAGAUAGAGAAAAAGAGUGUAAGAGGAAAACAGAAGACGGUGGCGGUGAAAGCGCCGAUGACUUGGGAUCCCCAGUCCGCAAACGUCAGAAAUUUAACGAUAACAGAGAUGAUGAUAAAGUGUGCCAAAGUGAUGUAACUCAAAAUCAGGACAAAGUUACUCCAAAUCAAAAUAAUGUAACUCCAAAUCAGGAUAAUGUUAUUCCAAGUCAAAGUAAUGUAACUCCAAAUCAGGAUAAUGUUACUCCAAAUCAAAGUAAUGUAACUCCAAAUCAGAAUAAUGUAACGCCAAAUCAAAGUAAUGUAACUCCAAAUCAAAAUAAUGAAGAAAUUAACAAAAAUAGGAUAAUGAAAUUCGAUUGCGAAAUAAACGUAAACGUUAUAGGUGUCAUUGAAACCGAUGAAGAUGAUGAGGCUUUUGGAGAAAAUACGGAGAAGAAUGACGAAGCGAAUAAGAAUGAUGAAAAUCCGAAUAACAAUCAAGGAGCGGGUAAUGAUAGACCAAAUCAAAGCAAUGAUGGGAAUAGAGACGAUCCCAGAGGUAGUCCAGACUGCAUCGUUGAUUGCAUCAAAAUAGAUCAGCUGAUUGAUGUAGGAGAACUAAGAUGCGGGAGACAGAACGAGGUUAUAGUAAUAGCGAGUACAUCUCGAGCGAAAAUAAAUAACCCGACCCAUCAACAAGACGGUUAUGUCCACUUCCGGCGCAACCAAGAACCGGAAGUAGUCGCCAAAGAGGAUGAGACGAAAAAUGUUGAAAAAGAAAACAAAGAGGAAAAUCUGAAACGUCAGAAUGAAAGCGUUAAUGAAGGAGCAUCAACGUCUAAAGAACCGGAGGAAUCCGAGCAACCAAAGGAAAAGUACGUCUGCUUUAGGAAAAACCAAGAACCUGUCUACGUGAAUUGUGCUCCGGAACCUCAGAACCAGGAAAACCAGAGGCGGGAACCUCUACCCCCCAUCCAGUACCAGAUAGAGCCUCGGCACCACGUCCUCUACGUCAGUGUGGGUCCCCAACUAAACACCUAUCGCUUCCCAAGAGAUUCAUCAGAGAUAGACCGUCAUCUGAAUCUAAAUUUCCGACCCACCCAUAUUGACUCUAGUUCCUUAGUCACGGAUUUCGCGAUUAGACGUUUCGGUAGAGCUGACGGUGAGGAUGUUAACAUAAUCCACAUCGGCCCUAACGGUCCUAUGGUGGUAGGGCACGAUACAGGGUCCCGUCCGGAUCGGUCGAACUUGCAAUUUUUGUCUGUAACCGGAUAUAGAAACAUCACGGAUAGGAGUUUAGUACAUUUGGCGACCGCAGCGCCAAAUCUGACCCAGAUAGAUUUCAGCGAGACCAACAUUAGUGAGACCGGAGCUGAAAAUUUCAGAAGUCUUAGACCGGAUUGUGAGUUAACGUACAGUAAAUAUACGGAAAAGAAUAAAUAAUUCAGUAAUAAACUCGAUUUCUAUAUACAAAA